GCCACUGUGUGUAAUGCUGUGUAAUUUUAUCCACACUGCACUCUCAUGAUUCACACAAGACUGAUACCUUGCCUCCCCUUCUCCUUUGUAUCAAUUGGUUGGAGUUCAGUCUAUUGUUGCUGGAAGGAUCUUUUAUUUCUAUGCACUGUCGAUCAACGAAAUCUCACGAUAGCCUCCUUCUGAAAUCCAGUGGCUUUUCUGCAGAUGCUGUCUAUUUGGAGAGCAAAGAGGACCUAUGACCACCGCCACGACUAAUCCACGCCGCUGUCAACGUGCUGGCCCUAAUCGAUUGCUACGGGUUUACUAGAUCUUUGCAGAUAAAGAGAAGAGAUCGGAAGAGAUAACACUGCCAAAUGUUUCGUGGGCUGGAUCAUUGCGCUUUGCUACAGCGGCAGAGGCAAAUACGACUUCUUUAAUGGGACCCCUUGUGUUAGUUUCUUCUAUUCUAACAGGGAGACUAAGAAUUUCGGCCAUGCCACAAUGGUUAUAAUUUUAGUCUUGUUGUUGCUGAGUCUGUCGGAUCCCAGUAAACAGGAAGCUUUGUCCCCGAGGCGGGAUAGCACUCCCAGGGCGUCUUGUACCAGGGGUCAGGCGUGUGAUCCAAGGCAGCGGAGAGAUGCAGGGGGACGCGGGGGAGUCUACGAGCACCUCGGGGGAGCACCAAGAUGCAGAAAACUGUACUGUGCCACCAAGUACCAUCUGCAAAUACACCCAAAUGGGAAAAUAGACGGUUCUCUGGAAGAAAACAACCCGUUUAGCAUAUUAGAGAUCACAGCGGUUGACGUUGGAGUCGUGGCCAUAAAGGGUCUAUUCUCGGGAAGAUAUCUUGCCAUGAACAAAAAAGGACGCCUUUAUGCUUCGGACGUCUUCAACCAGGAGUGCGAGUUCGUGGAGCGGAUCCACGAGCUGGGCUACAACACCUAUGCCUCGCGGCACUACCGGACGGCGCCCCCGGCCCCGGGAGGGGCCCGGCGGAGGGCGAGCGCCGAAAGACUGUGGUACGUGUCCAUAAACGGCAAGGGCCGGCCCCGGAGGGGCUUCAAGACCCGGCGGACAGAGAAGGGCUCGCUGUUUCUGCCCAGGCUGCUGGGCAACAAGGACCAUGAGAUGGUGCACCAGUUCCGCACCAGCCACCGGUACCGAGAGAACGUGCUGAGGCCGGCGGGGAGGGCCGGGGGGCGAAGGCGCAGGCACAGGGUGGCAGCCGCCAGGGGCAGGGAGCAGGAGGACUGAGCACCGCACUGGAUGUAGGUACAGACUCUUCUCCGAGGCUCACCGUGGCCCUACAGCGAAUGCCGGGAAAGUGACACGCCAUCACUCCCUGUAGGGAGGGUGGCACUUCGUCACUGGGAGGCAUAGCAAAGCCAGAGACAGGUCGAUGUAUUUACUGUGUACAUAUGAAUAAGUUAAUGUGACCAAAAUCAAAACUGCUGGAUUUUGUUUGUUUGUUUGUUUUUUUACAUUUUAUAUCACAUGGAAACCACUUAGAAAAAGUUUUUUUUUUUUUUUUUGGAUCCCGUGCCGUAUUUUUUAAAUGUGUAAUUACUGUAUAUAUGUGUACGAUAGUUUUCCAUAUUAUCCUCGUUUCAACAAUGACCAGUUUAAUCUGUGUAAAUGUUUUUGGAAGCUGACAUGGACUGAGUGCAUGUGCUUAGGCUGAGGAAGUUGAGUGACGUUAGUUAAAUAAACAUUCUGGAAGUUGGCAUACGGUAAAGCACUUUUUCCGAUACACACUAGUAAUUAAUAAAGUAAAAAAGGGGAAAAACCAUGCAUACAUGAUUUUAAAAAUGAUCUAUGAUGUGACAGCCUACUGCAUAAAUUGACAUUGUAUAUAAAUAUUCUGCAUAUUUAUUUGGUUUUAUUACUUUUUUAAAUUAUUGAUGACAUUUAUUAAACUGAAAAUAUUAUUUUGAUUUAGUCUGAAAAGUACUGUUUAUUAUGUCAGUCAAGGAAAGGCAUUUAGGACAUUAAUAAGCUCGCAUUUCUUUUUUCAAAGGAAUGCUUUUUGU